AAUACCAAAAAAAAAAACAAAUAAAUAACUUGUUAAAAAGCAAUGACAAUACGCUACAAUAUCUUACCACGACGUUUAGUCGAUUGGUUGUGUUUUCUAUUGAUUAAUGUUUCAACAUUUAUUAUAUUCAUCUUUGAAUUGGUGGUCGUGAUACCGGCAUUACAUGAACCAGGUGGCUUUUGGUAUCUAUUUACAUUUAUACUUGCCACAUUUCUAAUUUUCCAGAUCAAAGGAAAUUAUAUGGGAUGUCUAAUAACUGCUACUAAUGUCGAUUACAAUACCCUUCGUCAACCUAGCGGGGAUAUAGAGAAAUUGGAGUCCUUAGGCUGGCAUGAAUGUAAAAAGUGUGACAAGUUGGCACCACCCCGCAGCUGGCAUUGUUCAGUAUGUAAGUCCUGCAUUUUAAAACGUGAUCAUCAUUGUUUUUUUACUGCUUGUUGUAUUGGCCAUAAUAAUGAACGUUACUUCAUUAUGUAUCUCGUAAACUUGUUCAUUGGUUCUGCUUAUGCUUUAAUCUACAACUCUAUAUACAUCUGGAUACUGAAUGGUCACAUCUAUUUCAAUCUCAUGUCCAUUUUACGCGCUUUCUUUCCAUUCGUUAUGUUGUAUAGUGGUGGCUUCAUUGAAAAUAUGUUCCUGAUAUUUUAUGGUCUCAAUAUAUUGGCACUCCUAUACAGUACCAUACUGUUGGCCUACCAUCUUCCAACUGUUUUGAAGGGUGGUGUUUCCCAUGAAAGAGAUAAUGACGAAUAUUUGUACAAUAAGGGAUCAUGGAAGCGCAACUUGGAGACUGUUCUUGGCAAACGUAUGCAUUUAGUAUGGCUGUCCCCGAUGAUUAAAAGUGAUCUACCAGAUGAUGGUAUUAACUGGAAAAUGACAGAGGAAAACAUGACUAAGAAAAAUACGAACAAGAAAACCAAAUAAAUAUAGCAUAGACGUAUUUUUAAAUUGAAAUUGUAUUUAUACUAUAAUUAAAUAUUUACUUAACUUAUAAUUGUAAUUUAAAUAAAUUUUUUAAAUUUUAAAUACUUUAUACUGAAAAUAUUCUAUACUAUCAAAUCCUAUAAUA